AUGUUAUUUACAGAUUACAUGCUUUCAUUAUGUAGAAUUGAAAGUAUAGUUUUAAUCACCCUAACAUUUUUAUACGAUGUAAAAGCGAAUUAUUGUGCCUUUGGUACGUGCAAUGAAGACGAAUAUUGCUGUGGAGAGAAUAUUUGUUGCAGAAAAUCGUCAGACAUUUGGUAUCUAUGGGUCUUAGGAGCUGUUGCAUUUCUAGUGUUAUUCGUUUUUUACGUGUGGAUUAAAUUCAGAAAAAAUCGCCACAUUAAUUACAGCAAUCAGUAUCACCCUUUGUUCACAAACGAACCAGAAAUGGAAAUGCCUAUAUCUUAA